AUGGUCUCUUUAUGAUCAUGCACAAGACAACUCUGGAGUAAUGAGAGAAAGGCUUUUGCUGUUGGACUCAAUAAGAAAUCAGGAUGAAGAACUCUCAUGAGCUUGAAAACUUUUAAUUCAACAUUUGUUGACUAUUUUGAGAGUAUCAGUGAUUUUAAAGAGUUUCAUCUAUAUGAUUAUGUUUUAUUGUUAAAAACAGAAGAGUCUAUCCGAGAGUUCUGAGAAUUCAUCCGAAAUUUUAAGUUAAGAACUUAUCUGCAGCUCAAGAAAGUUGUUGUUCACUAUAAAGAAGGAAUGGAAUUCGACCUGCUGAAUUCCCCAUAUGAUGUGUUAAAAGAGUGUUCAAUGGACACUUCUUGCAUCCAAAUCAAUGGACUCUGGGAAAUAAUGCCCAAGAGUCCAGAGGAUAUUGUGAAGUAUACCAGAAGAUUUUGGAUGAAUAUCAUCACUCAUAACCCUCUUGUGAAUCAGGAAGAAUAUAUACAGUAUGAUUGAGUCAAAGAAGUGUUCCAACUUAAUUUUGAAUCUGAGCAUUUUUCAUUUAUCAUUGAUCCAGAUACUUGUGAUAAAGUUGUUCCUUUAUCAAUAAGACAGACAUGCAGGGAGAUCAGUAUAGAGAGUUAUCCAGCUGAAGAAAUUGAUAAUGAACACACAAUCAGAGAUCUUGCCUCAAAGCUAACUAAGAUGUUUCCACACUUUAGAUCGUUGAGAGUUGGAUUUAUGAUGAAUGUUGAGAAGAUCACAUUAUCAAAAUAUUUUAAGAAUAUAUCACAGAAUGGAGUUACUCUAUCAUCCCCGUUUAGUCUAGACGACCCUAAUUACAUCGUUACUGAUUGAAAUAUCUUUUAUUAUGAUGAAAAGACCGAAGAGUAUCAAUCAUUUAGUGCUUCCAAACUUAUUUAUAAGAGUCUCAAAGAAGAUGAGACAUACCCUAAACUUCCGAAAGGAUUCAUCAUGGUGAGGGUAGAUUCAAUAUGUGAGGUUCACAAUAUUUCCUCUAAAAAUACUCAUGAUUUAUCAAAGUUUAAGACAUUCAUUUCUUCUUUCUUCGCAAACAAGAAAUCGAGACAGUCAAGUAGCCCUAAAAAUUAUCCUAAAGGAUAUUUCUUCUUCCAGAAAAAAGAUUUUCACUUUAUUGGAAGUCUGCGAACUCUGUUGUACUGUUGCCCGCCAGCUUGAGAGAACUUGUUUUUAGCACAUCCAAGUGUCAAGGACUCAGAGAAGGUUCUUUCUGCUUUAGAAAAAACCAAGAUAACUAAUUUUAAGCUAACUGUGAGGUAUCACAAAAAUAUUCAUUUGUUCUUAACCAAGCUGCUCAAGUACAAAGUCACAGACUUGGUGCUGUGCAUUUCUGAAGAUGACUUGAGUAAGGUGCCUCUGAAAUUUAAGACCCAAGUGAAGGAACAGAUACUAAGUUCAAAGUCCAUUCAGACUUUAACUGUUCAAACCAAGUCUAAAUCUGAAAAAGUCAAGAGAGCAGCUAGAAGGUUUGAACAUAUUUUAGACAAGGUUUUUGCAAAAGAAAUGAAGCUCAAGCUGAGAGAAACUUUGAUCUUUGAUGAGGUUUUCGUCUAUUAAUGGGACAAUAACUUUAAAUGUCAUUUAUUUUUCACCUCUCUUUGCC